AUGAAGAACCUUCAAGCAUUUGGAGAUGAUAACAUUAAGAUGCAGGUUCAAGAAAAGGACAUACUAAGCAAGAAGACAAAGCGCAAUGGUACUCCAGGCCCUGCAGGAUUACCAACACUGCCCACAGGAAAUUGCCUGUCACUGGUCCAGGUCCGUGUAUGUAACUCUGGGGACUUUGUCCCGUCAGCGGUGACGGUCCUGAGCCCUGCAGCUUACGUGGUGAUGUGUCGGGGGUGUUGCGGCCUGCACGACAGCAGCUAUAAAACAGGGCAGGCCGGCUUGAACAGCCUGUACGAUGUUCCCGGCGGCGUGGUGGCGCUGCUGUCCCUGUGCUACGGCUCCAUAUCGGUGCUGGCCGUGGUGGGCAACUCGCUCGUCAUGUGGAUCGUGGCCACCUCGCGCCGCAUGCAGAACGUCACCAACUGCUUCAUCGCCAACCUGGCGCUCGCUGACAUCGUCAUCGGCUUGUUCGCCAUACCUUUCCAGUUCCAGGCGGCGCUGCUGCAGCGCUGGAACCUGCCGCACUUCAUGUGCGCCUUCUGCCCCUUCGUGCAGGUGCUCAGCGUCAACGUGAGCAUCUUCACGCUCACCGCCAUCGCCAUCGACAGGCACCGCGCCAUCCUCAACCCGCUGAGGUGA